ACAAGCCGCGUUGUUCUGCCCUUGUUGCCUGCGUGGCUCGACUUGUUCGUGCGCUGAAAACCCGUCCCGGUUGCUCUCCGUUGAAGGCAACCGCCGUGCAAGUGAACGGCGUCCAACCGAAUCGUGCGUCGCGCGGCCGCACAGCUGCGAGCAGUUGCCCCGCGAACGUCGCGCAUUCCGCUGCCAUGAGGCUCUUGGGCCUUCUGUUGGUGGCCGUCACUGCCUGCGACGCAGCGAACGGAACUCGCGAGGUUUCUUCAAAUGAAGCGAGCAAGAUGAGGGAGGAGUCCUCAAAAAAGAGUCAGAGGGCCUGUUUCCUUCCAAACGGACCGCAGCAUAAAGAAAAAUGCGAAGAGUUCGAGAAUCACUGGGUCAACAGGACAGGGGGCAGGAAGGACAAGCCUAGUCCGAACGACGACCACAUGGGCUUGGACGGCAUGUCCAAGAGGGACAUCGUGGCGUCACUGGGCUGCUUCGCAUUGUACACUUUCUCCCAGCAGAUGGCUGACCCGUGCGUGGACGCAAACCUCCUGACCGAGCUGCUCUUGUGCCAGUACGACUACACGGAAGACAAGGAUCUCCUGCUGCGAGAGUUCAACAACGUCAAGUCCCGCGAGGACAUCGUCAAGAUGAUGGAAGAUCUUAAGAACUGCAUGGGAACAACGCCGGAUCCGGUGCUGCACGAGCUGAAUGGGGCGACCGCCAACGAAAUAGAGGUGAUGGAAGUGUUCGUCAAGCCAGUGAAGAAGAUGCGAGCCUACAUAGAGAGCCAGCUGUAGCCUCACUGGCCCGCGCAGUCAAUUGCAGGCACCACGAAAGCCAUUUCACCGCAGUCGAAGAAAAAAAAAAAGAAAUAUUUGUGAAAUAAACCCAAAAACUUUUCA